AUGGGAGGCACUCAUCAUUGUAAUGCAAUUGUUACCAAAGAUUUGGUACAAAAGAAAGAAGACCCCAUAGCCUUCACAAUUCCAUGCACAAUCAGUAAAUACAAGUUUGCAAAAGCUUUAUGUGAUCUUGGAGCAAGCAUCAAUUUGAUGUCGCUUGUUAUAUUUAACAAGUUGGGUUUGGGCACUCCCCGUCCCAAUACUAUGAGAUUACUUAUGGUGGAUAGAACCAUGAAGAGGCCCGUUGGCUUUAUUUAUGGUGUACUUGUGAGAGUGGACCGGUUUAUCUUUCCGACCGAUUUUGUGAUCUUGGAUUGCGAAGUUGAUUUUGAGAUGCCCAUAAUCUUGGGUAGACCUUUCUUAGCUAUGGGGCGAGCUCUUGUAGAUAUGGAGAGAGAUGAUCUAAAAUUUCGGAUGAAUGAUGAAGAGGUCACCUUCCAUAUUUGUAAAACAACAAAGCAACCAGUGGACAUGAGUGUGGUGUCGGUUAUUGAUACUAUUAAUGAAGUUAUCGAAUCAACCAUGGAGCAUAAACAUGUUGGUGAGAUGUUGCCGGCGGUCUUGAUGAAUUAUGAUGGGGGUAAUGAUGAAGAAUUUGAGGAGACGGUGAAUGCAUUGAUUUGGUUGGGUUCUUAUCGCCACAAUCCAAAGAAACUUGAUAUUAAUUUAGAAAACCGGGCAUCUCCUCCCACAAAGCCUUCUAUCAUUGUGCCUCCUAUUUUAGAACUGAAACCUCUUCCUUCACACUUGAGGUAUGAAUUCCUUGGCCCUAAAAACACUUUACCCGUAAUUAUUUUUGCCCGAUUGACAGAUGAGCAAAGAGAGAGAUUGAUGGUGAUUUUAAGAAAAUAUAAAAAAGCAAUUGGUUGGUGUAUUGCGGAUAUCCAAGGGAUUCCGCCUGGCAUUGAACAUCAAAGGAGGUUGAAUCCUUCCAUGCAAGAGGUGGUAAAGACUGAGAUCAUCAAGUGGUUAGAUGUCGAGGUUGUGUAUCUGAUAGCGAAUAGCUCAUGGUGCAUUGAAAUCUUCAUGGACGACUUUUUCGUGGUGGGAGAUUCCUUUGAUGAGUGCUUGGGAAAUCUUUCCCAUGUGUUGAAAAGGUGCGAGACAAACUUGAUUCUAAAUUGGGAGAAAUAUCACUUUAUGGCGAGAGAAGGAAUCGUCUUGGGUCACAAAAUUUCGGAGCGGGGGCUUGAGGUUGACCAAGCUAAAAUUGAAGUUAUUGUCAAACUCCCUCUGCCUAUAUCCGUCAAGGGAGUUCGUAGUUUCCUUAGGCAUGCUGGAUUUUAUAGAAGAUUCAUCAAGGAUUUCUCAAAAAUAGCCAACCAUCUUUGCAAGUUGUUGGAAAAUGAGUCAAAAUUUGUAUUUGAUGAUGCAAGCUUGAAGGCAUUUGAAUGCUUGAAAGAGCAACUCACAUCAGCUCCUAUCAUCAUUGCCCUGGAUUGGUCCAAACCGUUUGAAUUGAUGUGUGAUGCAAGUGGGGUUUCUAUGGGGGCCGUACUUUGCCAAAAGCGUGAGAAGAUCUUCCAUCCCAUCUACUAUGCAAGCAAGACUCUAAAUGGUGCCCAAAUGAACUACACGGUCACUGAGCAAGAGUUGCUUGCCAUAGUUUUUGCCUUUGAAAAAUUCUGA